GGGCGAGGCGGAGCCGUGCGUCACGUGGGCCGCUCCCGCCGCCGCGGUCUUUCUCUGUCUCAGCUAAGGCAGCCAUCUUGCUCUUGCCGCGUGCUGGUGUUGGAGGACCCUCCCCGCUGCAGAUUUACCAAGAGCAUGAAUCAAGAAAAGUUAGCCAAACUUCAAGCUCAGGUCCGGAUAGGGGGCAAGGGUACAGCUCGCAGAAAGAAGAAGGUGGUGCAUAGGACAGCUACUGCUGAUGACAAGAAGCUUCAGAGUUCUCUAAAGAAACUGGCUGUGAACAAUAUAGCUGGUAUUGAAGAGGUGAACAUGAUUAAAGAUGAUGGAACAGUUAUUCAUUUCAACAACCCCAAAGUCCAAGCUUCCCUCUCCGCUAACACCUUUGCAAUUACUGGUCAUGCAGAAGCCAAACCAAUCACAGAAAUGCUUCCUGGAAUACUAAGUCAGCUUGGUGCUGACAGCUUAACAAGCCUUAGAAAGUUAGCUGAGCAGUUCCCACGGCAAGUAUUGGAUAGUAAAGCACCAAAACCAGAAGACAUUGAUGAAGAAGAUGAUGAUGUUCCAGAUCUUGUUGAAAAUUUUGAUGAAGCAUCGAAAAAUGAAGCUAACUAAAAUCUUCUGGGUUUUGGAAGCUGGCAUGGACUAGAUUUAACAAUCAGCUCUGUUGUUCCAAAGUUUUACAGACAUGGAGAACAUCACCUGUUACUAGUUCAGUAACAUAAAUAUUUUGUAUAUUAAUAAUGCUGUUUGAUCAGCAUUUCUCGGUCAUUUGAUUUUGCAUUUUGCACUUCCCAGGAUCUAUUCUUUUGGUCAAAAUACGAAGUAUUGAUACAGUUUGAGGGUGGUUUUUGCUUUUGGGGGGGCAACUUUUGGGUGUGUAUGUAUAUGUAUGUGUGGGUAUGUGUGUACACGGUGGACAGAAAAUUGGAUAACAGUUAUAUCUAUCCUCUUCCUUCCCCCAAUAGAAAUAAAACAAAUCUUUACAUUUGUUACUUUUUUUCCUAAUACUGUACAAAA